GUCAAACGUAACACGACCAACAGUGGUUUUUCAUGAAGUUUUCGUAAUAAAUUUGUUUAUGUUUGUACUCAAGAUUAUAUAAAAUAUGCCGAAGAAUAAAGGAAAAGGUGGUAAAAAUAGGAGGAGAGGAAAGAACGAAAAUGAAACUGAAAAGCGUGAAUUGGUCUUCAAAGAAGAUGGUCAAGAAUACGCCCAAGUCACAAAGAUGCUCGGUAAUGGCCGCUUGGAGGCCAUGUGCUUUGAUGGCAUAAAACGUCUAUGUCAUAUUCGAGGGAAACUCAGAAAAAAGGUUUGGAUAAACCAAGGAGAUAUAAUACUAAUCGGUUUAAGAGAUUAUCAGGAUGCUAAGGCGGACGUAAUCCUAAAAUACACACCUGACGAGGCAAGGAAUCUUAAGACCUAUGGAGAAUUCCCUGAAACCGUUCGCAUUAACGAGACGGUCGUUUAUUCUGUAGAUGGUCUAGAUGAAGAUAUUGAAUUUGGUGAUGAGGUCAGCUCAGAAGAUGAAGCAGAUGCAGUUGACGCUAUAUAAAAUCCUAGCUAUAUUUAUAAUACUUACAGUAAGUCUAUGUAAAUUAUUGAUAAUUUGCUGUUUUGAAUAAACAUGACUUUGUAAUUUAAUAAAUAAGUUCUCUAAAUCUUUGCCAUUAUAGUGAAAACCCAAUUCCAUAGCUUCAGUGUUUCUAAAAAAUUGUAAGUGUUUAUUGCACAUUUUAGUGUGUAUCAUUUGGAUAACAAUUAUUUAUUAGUCAUUGUAAAAUUUGUCAACAAAUUGUAUAACAUUCCUUAUGAGACCUGUCAUUACCAUUGAGCCAUUCUAAAUAUUAAGGAAUGUAUAAAAUUAAAAUACAUACAGUCCAC